AGUCCUUGGGAUGCAUUCAUAGCACAAAGGCGUGCGUGCUCGGUCCACACUAGUGCCCGCCCACUCGGCUUUUAUGUGGGCCGAUAGUGGGAGAUCGAUCACGUCUUUGCCGUGAAAGCGGAGCACGCGGACCGAGAUUUGCUCACUUUAUCAGCGGCAUAAAAAACAACCUGGGGGGGGGGGGGGUAACAAUAAAUCAGCAAACACUGAUUUAACUCAGCCUCUCAUUUGUUUUUUUUGUUUUCUUUUUUUGAAUUUGGGGCCAAUCCACGUCCCGUGGUGCUUAGCGAGAUCCCAGAGUACGUGCGGGACUUGGAAGUGUUGAGUGAGCCGGAGCUCCUCCGCAGUCCGUGGAUGUGUGGCGGUAGUACGCCGGGGAGUGGGUUGGGUCGCCCGGGUGCCUGGCACACGUCCUCGGCGAUAAGGUGAGCGGAAGAAAGGACUCCCAUUUUUGUUUUGUUGUUUUUUUUUUUCGGGAGGUGCUGCUUUGUACAGGACGCCAGGGAGGAGGAGGGGGGAGCCUGGGAGCACCUUGCGUGGAUUUGUGUACCUUCCUCUCCCUUUUCCGGGUGUGGAGGAGCCGCCGCUCGUUUGUUCAUCCAAGAAGGGGCGACAACAUCGCGGGGGUGGCUGAGCCGAGCCAGGCACGAUGGCAACCGGUGUGCUCCUCGUCGCCUUCGCGCUGCUCGCAGGUGCUUCUGUGGCCCAGAGAGUUGUGACGGUGCAAAGCGGGCCGCUGAUUCGGACCGAGGGCUCCCACGUGACCAUCUGGUGCAACGUGACAGGCUACAAAGAAGGCCUGGAGCAGGACUUCGAGUGGUCCAUGUACCUACCGUCCUUACCGGACCGAGAGAUCCGUAUCGUGAGCACGGCCCAGUCCAACUACGCCUACGCCGUCUACGCGCAGAGGGUGAACAGCAAAGAAAUCUACGUGGAGAGGCUGAGCCGCGACUCGGCCAUGCUGCACAUCACCAAAGUGCAGGCCAAGGACCAGGGCCUGUUUGAGUGUUACACGCCCAACACGGACGGCCGCUACUUAGGCUCCUACAGUGCACGCACCAACCUUACAGUUAUUGCUGACUCCCUGACAGUGUCAGCUCCAGCCCAGACUCUUUCCAAAGUGGAAGGCGACGCACUACAACUGACCUGUGAAGUGUCCCGGACCACAAUGCAACACACUCACUUGUCAGUGGGCUGGUACCUGAAAGCGCCCGACGACGCAUCCGCCCCACCUCAGGAGUUGCUCACCCUGUCGAAGGACUUUGUUCUGCGGUCCGGGGGUCCAUACCGCCAGAGGAUGGCGGCGGGGGACCUCAGGCUAGACAAAACCAGCGCCACGUCCCACCGUCUGACCAUCCACAAGCUGCAGCCGGUGGACCAGGGCCUGCUCUACUGCCAGGCUGCCGAGUGGAUCCAGGACGCCGACGGCAGCUGGUUUGCCAUGACCCGCAAACAGAGCGACAAGACCCCGCUCCGCAUUCAGCCCACUGAUCGUGACUUCAGCAUCCAGGUGAGCACGGAGCGACGGUCCUUCACGGCCGGUGAGCCGCUGGAGCUCCGCUGCACCAUUGAGGCGCAGAACGUCCCCGAGCGGUUCUUCUCGGUGUCGUGGGUCUUCAGCAGCUCACCGGUGGCCGUGGUGGACCCCAGUGCCGUGCCCCUCCUGGGCUCCGACUACGUGGCCCGCGAGGCCGCCGGCCUCAUGACGGUGCGCAAGGAGAGUCCCAAUGUGCACCUGCUCAAGCUGCAGCACCUACGCCCCAACGACACCGGCAAAUACAUCUGCCGUGUGACGGAGCGGGAAAAGACACCCACGGGAGACUUCAUCGACCGCAGCAAGCGGUCCCGCAACGUUCAGAUCACAGUGCAGCCGCUCAAGAGCAACAUGACUGUCUCGUUGUCUAGCAACUCCUCUGAGGUUCUGGAGGGCAACGUGAUGCAGUUGACCUGCUUGGUGCAGUCCACCACAGACCCCCUGUCUGUCGUCUGGCAGUGGACAGACAAGCAGGGCAACGAACCGGCCCAGAAGUUGGCCUCGUUGGACCGGGACGGGACCGUUCUGCACAGCGAUGCCUACGGGGAGCGCUCCGGCUACGGCGAGAUACGCGUGGAGAGGUCGCGGGCUGACACCUUCUUACUCUCCAUCUACAACGUCUUGCCGGAGGAUGAGGGGCAGUACAGCUGCGCUGCAACCGAGUGGUUUCAAAACGGCACUGAACCGGAACUCAGCUGGGAGAAGAUCGGAGAGAAGUCUGACACGAAGACAGUCACCGUCAAGACUGUCGAGUCCUCCUUCAUGGUCUCUGCCUCAUCUCGGACACCGUCUGUAACGUAUGGAGAGUCCUUUGACCUCCUGUGCUUGGUCAAGCCCCGCCACAACCCCCGCGUGCCCGCCUCGGUCACCUGGCGCUUCAUGCCGGCCGGCACGGAGGCCUCCGGCGAGGGCGAGUUCAAGGAGCUGGUGACUUUCACCCGGGAGGGCACGCUGCAGUGGGGGGAGCAGCUGCUCGGUCUGGGCACCCGCACCACCGUGGACCGCUCGCACUCCAACACCAACUUCCGGCUGUCUGUGACGCGGGCGGGGCGCCACGAGGCGGGCAAGUACCAGUGCACCGCCGUCCUGUGGAGGAAAAACUACGACAACAGCUGGAGCCGAGUGGCCAACCGCACCUCCAACCUGCUCGGAAUCAGCGUCCUCCAACCAGAUAGUAAGCUGCGGGUGCAAAAGAACAACCAGUCUCUGGUCAACCUGGAAGACAGUCGAGUCCGAAUCAAUUGCUCCGUCACCUCGCAGACCAGCCCGGACUCCCGGCACGCCGUGCUGUGGUACGUGAGACGCGCCGCCGCGGGCUCGGAGGCCGACGAGCUCCUGCUGCGGAUCGAGCGGUCGGGCGCGCUGGAGUACGGCACGUACGCCGACGAGGAGAGGCUGCGGCGGCGCGUGCAGGCCGAGAGGCUUUCCCCUCGCCUCUACGCGCUGACGCUGAACAGGGCGGAGAGCGGCGACUCGGGGACGUACUACUGCCUGGUGGAGGAGUGGCUGAGCGACCCCGAGGGAGCCUGGUACCGCCUCUCGCGGGACUCGUCCGGGUUCACGGAGGUUCUGGUUCGACGGCCAGAGGCCCGACUUCAGGUGGAGGAGACGGAGUCCAACGUGACCGUAGCCGAGUCCGGCUCAAUCCGGCUGGGCUGCAGCAUCCCCUCGCAGUCGUCCCGAGACUCACGCUUCUCCGUGUCCUGGUACGUCGAGCGCGACGAGGACGAGGAGCUGCUGCCGACGGAGGAAGAGCGCGAGCGGGACUGCGUCUUCUCCAUCGGGCACGACGCCAUCUUCGGGAACGGCAACUGCAGCCCCGGAGAGGAAGCGGGGCCCAACUCCCGCCUGCAGUUCGAGAGGACCGCCUCGGACCAAUACAGCCUGACCAUUCAGGGAGCGCGGCCGACAGACGGGGGGCGCUACUACUGCCACGUGGAGGAGUGGCUGCUCAACCCUCGCAAUGCUUGGUACCGCCUGGCCACCAACAACUCCGGCUUCAUUACGGUCAAUGUACUGCAACAAGAGUCCACCGUCAAGUCCGUGGUGUGCUCCAACGACACGCUCUUCUACUUCGUCUUCUUCUACCCGUUCCCCAUCUUCGGCAUCCUCCUCAUCGCCCUGCUGCUGGUACGCUUCAAGAGCCGCAACAACAGCAAGAGCCAGGAGGGCAAGAACGGCGCCCCCCUCCUGUGGAUUAAGGAACCGCACCUCAGCUACUCGCCCACCUGUCUGGACCCGCCCGCCCUCAGCCUGCACCCCGGCUCCGUGGACUAGCGCUCCCGCCCGCCCCCCGAAUCGCCGUAUUGGCCACCGCACGAGGGCAGCGGAUCAGGACGCCGCUUCCGGAAUUUCCUGUCGUUCACUGCUGUCUCGAUCCAUCAGUAGAUCGGCUGCCUGUUUUUUCUGUGUGUGAGUGAGCAGUGUUCUCAUUUUUGUGUCUCAGCGCUGUAUUUGAUUUAAUUACCCUAAAUAUUGGUCUCUUUUUCAAAAGAGAACCAAAAAAAGAAAUAAUCAGCUCACUUUUAAGACAAGGAACUGCGCGGGGGGGGGGGAAAGUCUCGACAGUCCAAUCCAAGUGCAGCCUGGCCUACUAAGUUGGUUGCCAUAGCGAUGCUCCGAGCCCACUGACUCCAUAGCUGGCGACUUGGCAGCCUUGUGGCGAGACAAAAGGAAAGGCCCACCUGGCCCUCCGAUGAAUUUGGCCCACAGAAGCAAGUCCUGGAGCACCGCUUCCAGACGCACACACAAACUUCGACAACGUGAGGAAACAAACAAACAUUGGCUACGCUACGCCCUGCUGAGGAUCCGCUCCAUAUUUUGCCAAGACUUCCUGAUUUCCAUGGUGUCAAAAGAGCUGAUUGGUCCUGAAGCGGAUCGUAAACAUGUUCGCUUACCUCCUGCUGUGGACCGUUUUUAAUCCCAUUUCAAUUGAAAUUUACACGGCGGAAUUGGGGGAACUGAAAUUCAAAUCGAGCACAUUUCCUUUCAAUUUGUUCCGUACUUUUGUCCUCAAAAGAUACCUGAAAAAUGAUGUUUUUACAUAGAAGGAAAAAAAGCUGCAAAGUAGUGUGUAGAUACUGUAAGACACACAUACGUGAGUGGUGGAAAACGUGUUUGUAUUAAGAGUUUUCUAUUUAUUGUUUUAUACUUCAUUGCAUAGCUGUUUUUUUUUUGGUAAUUAUUAUUAUUUUGUUGAGUUUUUUUUUGUUUCUUUUGCUUUGAAAUUCUCUCCUGCUUCUUUGGCAACUGCACCAAGCAGAUGAUGCCAGUGGUGAGCUGCGUGAUUGCGACCAUGUGCUUAGAGAUGCUCCAUUUUGUACCAAAUGAAUUGAGAUCGAGUCAGUGUUAAAACACAAUACAAGUAGGAGAAAAAUUAUUUGUGGCUUUACGUGUACAGUAUUCGGAAAAGACAAAUCAAAAAAAAAAAAAAAAGAACUUCUUGCUCGCUUUUACGUUUAUUUUGUGAUGCUUCGCCUCGGAAGGAUGAUUCAAAACAUUUUUUGGGAGUGGAUUUUUCUCCCCCAAAGGUGGCUCAACGGGCCUGACAUGAGGGACGGAGGGUUGGAAAUGCUAGAAUGCAAGAGACAGAAAAAAAACUUCAAACUUGAACCCUUUCACUGCCAGACUGGACCUAAAAUGAAGAGGAGGGGGAUAAAAAAAAAAACCCAAAACGCCCCUCCUCCAACUUUGUCGUCUCAGUCGUGUCAACAUGUAUAUUGCAUGACAAUACCGCAGGAGGCAUUUUCGAUGUUUUGUAAACUUGGAGCUCUUCCUGAGCGUCGUGUUUGUGUGACAGAGCGCCGCCCCAACUCCCUCCCACUGGACUUCCUGAGCCUUGUCAUACACCAACACCGCACCGCCGCCCCCUCAACACACACAUACACAAAUGAACGUGAUGUUUGCUAAUACAAGGGGUCCUGAGUUUCGAGGUUGUGAACAGCUCGAAAAGAACUAGUUAGAGUGAGAAUACGUGGUCGCGCAGCACAAGAAUUCUCGCUCAGUUGCCACCGUACGUACUUGUUUUUCAUUGGCUUGUUUUAUAUUUAUGGCCUAGAAGUGUUUUUCAUACAAAAACUGACUUAAGACUUUACUACUAAGGUUACUGAUCAAACUGUCCUAAACUGCAGAGCCCCUGUAUAUUGAUGCUGUCCAAUUCAAAAUCAUGUACUUUACUACUUAGGUUAUUGAUCAAACUGUGUCAUAAAGUGAAGAGCCACUGUAUAUUGACGCUGUCCAAUGAAAAAUCAUGUAUGUCGAAAUGUGAUGAAUGUGAAAAAAAUACACCAUUUGGCGAUACAGCUCACAAUCUUGUACAAUGUUGCCUCACAAGAAUUUCGUGGGAAAUGGUACGAAAUCAAAUGACUUGAAGUGGCAAUGCCUGACUGGACAAGCCAAAAGUCACAACUACUGUGCAUUACAUUCGUACCAUAUCCUACUAAAUUGUGACAUCUUGUUCUUUUUAACAUUUGGCGAUUUUAGCGCAGGACCAGAAAUACUGAUGUGGGCAUAAUUCUGACGCUGCAUUCAUACAAAAUCGAUACUUGCUGGAAAAGUAGUAUAUACUGUAUGAAAUCAUCCAAUCGAACUUUUUGUAACGUUGACAAGCGUCAGGCAAGCCUCCACGAUGGCGGCUUCACAUCCAAUUAGAAAAUCACAACUGUUCCACAACGGCCUCUAUGUUGGAUUCAUUUACGGAACCAAAGCACAUUAUUUGACACGCGCACACAAGAGUAUGCAAGGUGUUGAUUAUCAUUCAAGACAAGAAAACACCUGUAAUGAGGGUUUAUUUUCAUUGUCCUUCUGCAUGUAAGCUGUCGCGGAAGAGGUUUGCAAGGCGCUCGCAACGUCGCCUCAUUAAAUUUCAGUGAAAUUUAGUGUUAUUUUUCCUCAACCGCCUGCCUUUGAUACAGUUUAGAAUCACAUCCCCCCCCCCCCCCCAACUUCAUCCCCGUGGCCAGGAAAGCGAAGGACCGCCACCAUUGCUGGAGCUGUACAGACGGGCGUUGUGACUGGUGUUUUUGUAGUAAUAAUCUUAUUAAUAACAACGAUAAAAACGAUACGAUAGCUGCCUCCUUUGAGACGGACGGUGUUGUCGCUGCCUUUGUGAGGGCUGCAUGUGUCGACUGCGCGCUGGCUCCACAUUUAGCUGUCUGAAAUAGUUUGUGGUGAUGAUUGGUGAUGUAUUUUUAUAUCACUAUGGUUUGUUUUUAUUUAAUUUUCUUCUGUCCAAUAGAUGCCAUUGUGACCAUUAAAAAAGGCACUUUGCUAUUGUCGGUUUAUUGCAAUAAAAAUACUUAAAUUGA